UUUUUUUUCCUGAAGAAGCAGUAUAAAAUGCCAGAAGAAUCUGCUGUUACUUCAACUAAAGAAGCUCACAAUAUAGAAGCACAAGCUACUUCAUUCGAAAAUGCUGCAACAGAUAUAAAAACUACAUUAUCUGAAGAUGCAGUAUUAACUGUAAAAACAACUACUACUACCGAACAAGCAAUUACCACCAAAGUGCCUGUUGUUGCUACAACUACUACCAAACAAGCAAUUGCAACCAAAGCGCCCGUUGUUGCUACAACUACUGCCGAACAAGCGGUUACUAGCAAAGCGCCUAUCGUUGCUGCAACUACGGCUACAUCAAUAGCUCCUAUAAAGGCUACUACUGAUUCUGCUACUUCUACAAAGAUUGAAGCAUCAGUAAUCAUAAAUACCGAAUCAAGUGUUCAGCCAACUCAUACAGUAAGCUAUAGUACGUCUAAAAAUCAGGUAUUGCCUUCCACGACAGGAAGUUUUACAAGCGUAUCUUCUUCAACUAGUGUUCCUACUGCAACAUCUACUAAAAGCGCUAAAAAUAGUAGCUCGAGCAACUGGAGCCUUAUUGGUGGGAUUGUAGGAGGAGUAGUUGCCAUUAUUUUGCUAGGAGCAUUUGCUGUAUUAAUGAUUCGUCGUAGACGUCGUCGAGCAAGAAGACGUAAUAGUACUCGCGCCAGUCGUACGAUGGAUGAGCUGUUUUCACCUGAUGGAAUGGCAAUGAAUAGAAACACAGAUGUAUAUCAAACUAAGACUACAGCAAUACAAGAUCAUGAUAAUGAUUGGAAUCUUCCUUCUGAUGAUAGAAAAUUUCAAGCUGAUACAACUAAAUAUACAACAGAUGCUUCUCAUACUACUUCACCCGUUAUGGCUUACAAUGGUAAAUUGCAACAACAAACAUAUAACGUACAAUACUAUGAUCAACAACAAUCUCCAUCUCCACAUUACCAAGAUGUUACAUAUUCAUCACAGCGUCAUCAACAAGAUAAUUAUUAUGACCCACAAUAUUAUGAUGGACAACCAGAAGUCAUAUAUCAUCAACAAGAUCUGUAUUAUCAACCUGCAGAUACGAGUCAAUAUGCUUAUCAACAAGGUUUUGAACAAAAACAGCAAUUAGACUCAAAUUAUACUAAUACAGCCAAUGAUUACUAUAGUCAGCCAAACUCCAACAAUAAACAAGACCACCAUGUCGACCCAUAUUCUACUAAUACAACAGACAAUUAUUAUAAGCAAUCAAACACUAAUAAUCAGCAACAUUACCAUUAAAUUCUACAUAAUUAGCUUAUUCAUUUAAAAAAAAAAAAGAAAAAAAAAGGCUUAUAUAGAAUAUAUUAUACAUGUAUACAUGUGCAUAUGUAUACUGCAUAUCAAGUCAUAUCGUAUAUUUUGUAAUGUAUAUUCUAUAAUAAAUUCUAUUCUUUAUGUAUUCUUCACAAUUAAAUAUUUAUACUUGUAUCUUUUCGCAAUAAAUAUAAUGAAAUUCACGUAGUUAUUUUUCAGUAACUGUGAGAAUUAGUAGACUUGCAAAGGUGAGAAGAUCUUAACUAACUUAAAAAAAAAUAUUAUGUAAGAGAUAGAUCUAAUCGUAUCUGUUAAGCUUUUUAAUUAAAGGUUUUUGUCAAAUUAUCAUUUUUUCCCUCCCUUAAAACCAAAAAUGUACAAGAAAUCAAUAAUUUAACACAGACUACAUUUAAUCUUCGUCUCACUAUGAAAAAAUAAGCAAUUAAUGGCUAACAAGUAUCAAAAAAGUCAACUCUAAUAAAAC